AUGAACCCCAGACCAGAAAAAAUUCGACCCGAGACCCAAGAACACUCGAUCAUCGUCUUCACUCUCACGCACGUUAUCAACGGCUGUGAUGGUGAUGAUCCCACCACCACCGCUCUACUACAAUCCCUCCAAAGUUCCACAAGUGGGACCAAUAUUUUCCCGCCAAAUAUUGAAGAAGAGAAGGAAAAGAGUAAGAAGAGGUACAGGGGAGUUCGGCGGAGGCCGUGGGGGAAGUGGGCUUCGGAGAUACAAGACCCCCGGCUAGCGAAGCGGGUGUGGCUGCGCACGUUCGAUACGGGAGAGGCGGCGGCAAAGGCUUAUGACAAGGCUGCCAUUGAGUUCAGCGGAGCCGGAGCCAAGCUCAACUUCCCAUUGUCAGAUUAUAAUACAGAGGGAUCAAACUCGGAACGAAACUGA